GUCCCGAACGUCAGAGCGCAUGCGUGCUCUCUCCACUAUCACCGACCGAGACUUUAUCAAACGUUUCUGCCUAUGCUCGCAAGGACCAGACACACUGCUGCUGACGAUUAGAUGUGUUGUUGUGAUGUAACGUUCGCCACUUGGUGACUACGGAUGGCUGUUUGUGCCAGGCUCUGCGGAGUCGGUCAUUCACGGAGGUGUCGGCGACGAAAGCGGCCAAACCAGCAGGGUCAGGCAAGCGAUUCCGACAUGGAGGAGGAAGAAGAGGAGAGGAUCGUGGGCCCGAGGCCGGGCGACGUCUCCGGUGGAGGCGCAGGUCUGGAGAGCGACGUCGCCACUGCAGGGCCGAGUGACGCUGGCGAAUACGGUACAGUCCGAGGCAGUUCAGGAGCCUUUCUGAACGGCAUCAUCACCGGACCUCCACACGCGCAGACGUUAGUAGAACUACCGCCGGAGCUGUUGGUGGAAAUCUUCUCCCUGUUGCCAGGAACGGUGCUACCGAACGUGGCCCUUGUCUGCAAGAAAUUCAGACAUCUCCUCAACACAGAAACUAUUUGGAGGAGACGAUGCAUUGACGAGUUUGGCAUGAAGGAAGACCUGAGGAAGAUGGAAGUGGGUCAGGUGUCCAGCAGGGACCUCUAUGUUAAAUGCAUGUUAAAAGUUACCGCUCUUCUAAACAAAGUGCCUUCAUUCAUCCCUCCACAUUAUACUGUCCAGUUUGCAGUGCUUCACCCAUAUAGACAUAUAUUGGGCCUAUGGCAGCCUGACAUAGGUCCUUAUGGUGGACUGCUCAACGUUGUUGUGGAUGGGCUCUUCAUCAUUGGCUGGAUGUAUUUGCCACCCCAUGACCCUCGUGUGGAGGAUCCCAUGAGAAGACGGCCACUGUUCCGUGUCCAUUUGUGGGACAACCAAAAGGCGACAGUGGAGUGCAUGUAUGGACACAAGGGUCCACACAAAGGAGACAUACAGACUGUCAAAAAGGACGAAUUUUCAACAAAAUGUAACCAGACAGAUCAUCACCGCAUGCCAGGAGGCAGACAGGAGGAGUUUAGGACGUGGUUGGAGGAAGAAUGGGGUCGGACGUUGGAAGACAUCUUCCAUGAGCACAUGCAGGAGCUCAUUCUUAUGAAGUUCAUCUAUACAAGUCAAUACGAUAACUGCUUAACAUACCGAAGGAUCUACCUUCCUCCUUCAAUGCCCUCCAACCUGCUGCAGCCAGGUCUCUUUAAAGGCACGUACGGGAGUCACGGCUUAGAGAUUGUCAUGCUCAGUUUCCAUGGGACCUCGGCAAGAGCAACAAAGCUCACUGGAGACCCCAACGUUCCUGCAGGGCAACUUACUUUGGACGUGGACUUGAGGCGGCCCAUCAUCCUUCCAGACUUGGAGCAGCAGUGCAGAAUAGAAAAACUGUCUCGGCUUGUUAUACAGGUACACGAGGAGGUGCAGAGGGAGGCAGAACAACAGGCUAAGGGCCUCGUCGUUACGAGCAGCGGCGGAGAAGAUGGAUGCUGUAGUGAUGCCAGCAGAGGAGAAGGGAUGAAGGCGGAUGGUGCCUGUUCAGACAACUGUCAGCCUGGUCCCAGCAGCAGCAGCAGCAGCAGCAGCAGCUCCGUCCCUCCUGAAUCCCAGCCUUUCGUUCUGCCAGUGGGGGUGAUGGCUCGUAACGAGGUCUACCCUCGCACCUGCAGGAAAUGUUUCUAUGGAACGGGCUUGAUUGCGGGACAUGGCUUCACAAGUCCAGAGCGCACACCGGGUCUCUUUGUCUUGUUCGACCAGGACCGUUUCGGUUUCAUCUGGUUGGAGUUGAAGUCUUUUAGCCUGUAUAGUCGAUUGACGGACUAUCUACCCCACGCUCAUGCCCCGAACAUGGAGCGAUUUGAGGCCAUGCUGCACAACAUGCAGUCCUGGACAUCCUGAUGCUCUUUAAGUUUUCCUCUCCCUAUAGAUAUGCGUAACAGGAACCCAUGCCAACCCAACGAAAUCACCUCUUUCCUCCGCCGGUGUUGUUUUUUCGUUCAUGUAAGCACGUGCCCUUAACACGACAGAUUCUAUAUUUCACCCAAAAUGUUUUGGCUCUGGAACAAAGCAGAUUAUUGACCCGCCCUUGCACACAGCACUUCUGUUGACCGUCCCAACAUCCUCAGAAGACAAAAUAACAGCGCCUCACCCACGUGAUCCCUGUUCUCCCUGUAUAGCAUGAAAACAGGUCACAAAAGUUUAAUUUUUUUAAUUAAUUAAUUAAUUUAUUCCCCGCAGAAGAAGUACCAAUAUUUCUUACCACUUAACCAUGAACCUGAUGGUAUGUGCCUCUGAUUAUUAUAAAACCGUGUCUAUAAUAAGUAGUGCUUGAAGAAGACAAAAGGUGAUGUAUUAAUUAACUGAUAUGUAAAGUAUUAUAAUCAUCUCAGUGCCCAACAUUUUAAACUGCAUGUCGCGUUUUAUUUUGGAUGUCGUCAUAAUACUCUCAUAAUAUUACCCGGGCAUGAUGUUUAGAUUUCUUGAAGGAGUAUCUUUGGCUUUUUUUUCUUUAUAUGCAUCUCAGGUGCCAUUUCUGUCAAAAAAAUGUUCAUAUUGAUUUGUCGUAAGAAGCCAGUAACUUAUUUUUCGCAUUGUUAAUCAUGCUGUUUUAAUGCUCAUAUUAAGUGACGUUAUCUACUGUAUGUAUGACCAUGAGCCUGGGUCAGUCAAGAUGUGCCAUAGUUUUUAUUGUCAGCACAGGAAUGUCAGGUAAAUGAAAGGAACGCACUGCAAAAAGGGAACUAUGAAAACUCACUGUGGUAAAUUAGCAGGACUUAGCAGUACAAUCUAGACACUUCCUGCUCGCUCAGAGUAUUCAUGGUCAAACACAGAACCGUAUACCAUUUGCAAAUUGUCUUUAAUUUGGGCUGUAGUUGAAUCCCUGACACCUGAUUCGUCAGACUAGUUGCCUGCAUCGCUGCUCCCUCCGCUCCUACAUCCCACCAGGCUCGCCAAACACAAACAGCUUGAAAAGUAUAAAGUUGUAAAGUCCUAAUGCAGCCUGAUGGUAAUGCUCAGUAACUCUUUACUUCAAGUGCACUUGUCUGGGCAGUAAUGUGAAUUAUCAUCAAAAACUUUUUUUUUUCUGCAUGUUUCCACAUCAAUUAACAAAAAUACCUUUACUGGACUCUUGAUUUGGGUUUCAUGUGUUUUUGAUUUACUCUGAAUUCAGUGCAUUUCUUUUGUACUAUCUUUUAGGUCCCAUAGCCUACUACUACUACUACUUCUACUACCACUACCGAGGACUUGGAAGUAUUAUUUUGUUAUGUAUUCAAUUUCAUUGUUUAUAAUUCACCUGGGUUUAUGUUCCCUCAGACUGCUCACAUCAGACUUUCAGGGAGCCUUCCAGCUUGACUCUACUCGGUAAUAAAUGAAAUAAACUGGAUUUUUUUUUUUUGGUUUAUGUCUUGUGUGUGCGUGCUUCAGCUUUACUCUGCGCUUCGACAGAAAUCUUUAUCUCAUGAUGACUUCACAUUCAUUGCAAGUGUAAUUUAAAUGUAACAAUAAUUAAAAAAGAAAAACUGGGA